GAUUAUGUCAAACCUUUACAGUCCCCUCUCCCCGCCCCACCCCUCACCCUGCCCCUAUAUAAGUGGGCUGCAACCACCAGCACCUACUCUGCCUUCCUGCCUGGUGCCUGGGUGAUGGAUGUUCUCCCCAGCAGCUCCUUGGGAUGGCUGUGUGUGGCCAUCCCUGUGCUUUUUGGGCUUUGCUUGGUCAAGAGGAGAUACAAAGCCCAUGUGCUGCUCCGAAUUGUGCUGCCUGCCUUGCUGGGACUGCUGUGUGUGGCCGUGCUGGGCAUGUACUGGGGGCUCACAGUGUUCUGCAGUACAUGGCUCAGCUGCUCGUUAUACCUGGAUGCAGGGCCACUACCUGUGGGUGACAAAGCCGUGCUCAUCACAGGAAGCGACACUGGGAUUGGACACGCGUUGGCCAAAUACCUGGAUAACCUGGGCUUCACUGUGUUUGCUGGAGUUUUGAACAAGGAUGGUCCUGGAGCUGAGGAGCUGAGGCGGACCUGUUCCCAGAGGCUCUCUCUCCUACAGCUGGACAUAACCAAUCCCACCCAGGUCAAGGAAGCCUACCUGCAAGUCUCAGAGAAAGUGCAAAACACAGGGCUCUGGGGAGUUGUGAACAACGCAGGCGUCCUGGGCUUCCUUGCUGAUGGUGAGCUGCUGCCCAUGAACACAUACAGGCAGUGCAUGGAGGUGAACUUCUUUGGGGCUGUAGAGGUGUCUAAGACCUUCCUGCCACUACUGCGGAAAUCCCAGGGGAGGCUCGUGAACAUGUCCAGCAUGACAGGAGGCAUUCCGCUACCGAGGUAUGCUGCAUAUGGAGCAUCAAAGGCAGCUCUGUCCAUGUUUUCUGGAGUAAUGAGGCAGGAGCUUUCCAAAUGGGGAAUCAAAGUUGCUGCAAUUCAUCCAUCAGGCUUCAGAACAGGUAUCCAAGGCACAUCAGAGCUGUGGGUGAAGCAGGAGAAAGAGCUGGUGGAGCACCUCUCAGUGGACGUGCAGCAGGACUAUGGCAGGGACUACCUGCUGGGGCUGAAAAACUACCUGCUGCGUAUCCCUAUGUUCUGUGAUGUUGAUCUCACCCCGGUGCUGAGCUCCAUCCUGCAUGCACUGCUCGCCAAGCGACCGCACGGCUUGUACACCCCUGGCAAAGGGGCUUAUGUGCUGCUCUGCAUCUUCUGCUACUUCCCACUCUGGUUUUAUGACUUCUUAGUCAGUAAGUCGCUGGGACUUGAGUCCAUCCCAAAGGCGCUGAGGGCAUCAGAAGCUGAGAAUGAGGACCUCUAAGGUAUCUACUGGCAUUUAUCAGAUUUGUGAUCACUGUGGAAAGAACUCUGUUUUAGGGCUCUGCUAAUUGUUGUACUGCCUUUGGUAUAUGGAGUUUGAGUCGCCUUGUGAGUGGAGUGAAAUCUCUGUGUUAAGAGCAGUGUUCAGGAAAAUGGUGAAUAAACAGACAGAAAACAUAGGAAUGGUCUUUCUGGAGUAACUGCAGUGUUUCCCUGUCUGUCUUUGGUGUAAGUUAUAUUACGAGGUUAUUGUCUGCUUGUCUGCUUCAACAACCAGUACCAACACAUGGACAGAUAUCUAACCUGAUUUUUAAUCUUUUAGUUCACAACCUUUCUAAACCUUAGAAGCUGCAUAUUCCCAUCACUUGAAAGACUUAAAUGUUUAAUGUACGUCCUUUUCACUGCAGCUUCAGUAUUCCUUUCUCUAUGGUUCUCUUGCUGUUGGACCUGAGAAAUGAUUGACUUUUUUUUUUUUUGCCCAAGUUCUGUGAAGUAUUGUUGUGAUGUUUAUGAUGUGUCCUCUCUGGACUGAGCAACACAAACAGUAUGGGGGGAGAGGAAAUCAACAAAGACAGAUGAAGAUUUUCACCACAAUGCCAACCAUCUCUUUCCUGCAGUGUAUUACUAAUAACAGUGGUGUUGGCUGCUAACUUCAUGUCACUGUUUAGCCUAUUUUGCUGUUUCUGCUUCUGUAUCUGUAAUAAUUAGUAAAUUGAUCUCACUUCUCUCUAGAUAAUACUUUAUUCAGUUUUGUGGUUAAUGAAGAUUCAUGAAUGUUCACUUUUUCCUGAACACUUGCCUGUUUUUUCCUGUGUUUUCACUUGUUCUGUGAGUCUUGUGCUUUUGGUCACUCCUGAAUCCAUUUGUGGUUGCCCUCCUCUGCAUUCCAUAGAAUCCUUUCCCACACCUGAAGUUGAGCAGUACUCUGUUUUCCUACCUGGUCCCCUUCUUAGCAUCACUUGGCUUUGUAAGGCUGUAAUGUUCUGGAACAAGCCCCAUCCCUGAGUUCCCUGUAUGUUGCUUUGCUUCCUUUCAUGUGACGAAGAGGAGAAGUUAUGUUCUGGGCUUUCAAUAUAGGAGCAUUUUUCCUAUCCUCAUAUUCUCAUCUUCUGUCAAUCCUACUUGUGAUUACAUAGUCCUGAUCAAAAUUCAAUUAAACUUGUGUUUGUAAACUUCUGUCUCCUUCGUGUACCUCAUACAGCAAUACCAGACUCUAUUUGUGCCCAGAGGAUGUUCUGCAGACUUUGCUUGCUGUUUCAAUUUGUGUCCUGGAUUGGAAAUCCUCCUUUCCUGUACACCUUGUUGUUACUAUUGCUUUUAUCUAUGGUGGCUUUCCUCCUUAUAUCAGUCCCCCUCAUAGAUGUUUUUUAUGCCAUCCUUUCUGGAAAGUACAACAACAAAUGUUUCUUGCUCAGGAAGUCUGUGACUGUUUCAAUCUCUGUCCAUUUCUGCCUUUUAUUUACUUCCCAAAACUCUUUGAUCUGCCUCAAAAUGUACAAUAAAAUGGAUUGCUCUGA